CCUAAGCCUAAGCCUAAGCCUAAGCCUAAGCCUAAGCCUAAGCCUAAGCCUAAGCCUAAGCCUAAGCCUAAGCCUAAGCCUAAGCCUAAGCCUAAGCCUAAGCCUAAGCCUAAGCCUAAGCCUAAGCCUAAGCCUAAGCCUAAGCCUAAGCCUAAGCCUAAGCCUAAGCCUAAGCCUAAGCCUAAGCCUAAGCCUAAGCCUAAGCCUAAGCCUAAGCCUAAGCCUAAGCCUAAGCCUAAGCCUAAGCCUAAGCCUAAGCCUAAGCCUAAGCCUAAGCCUAAGCCUAAGCCUAAGCCUAAGCCUAAGCCUAAGCCUAAGCCUAAGCCUAAGCCUAAGCCUAAGCCUAAGCCUAAGCCUAAGCCUAAGCCUAAGCCUAAGCCUAAGCCUAAGCCUAAGCCUAAGCCUAAGCCUAAGCCUAAGCCUAAGCCUAAGCCUAAGCCUAAGCCUAAGCCUAAGCCUAAGCCUAAGCCUAAGCCUAAGCCUAAGCCUAAGCCUAAGCCUAAGCCUAAGCCUAAGCCUAAGCCUAAGCCUAAGCCUAAGCCUAAGCCUAAGCCUAAGCCUAAGCCUAAGCCUAAGCCUAAGCCUAAGCCUAAGCCUAAGCCUAAGCCUAAGCCUAAGCCCUAAGCCUAAGCCUAAGCCUAAGCCUAAGCCUAAGCCUAAGCCUAAGCCUAAGCCUAAGCCUAAGCCUAAGCCUAAGCCUAAGCCUAAGCCUAAGCCUAAGCCUAAGCCUAAGCCUAAGCCUAAGCCUAAGCCUAAGCCUAAGCCUAAGCCUAAGCCUAAGCCUAAGCCUAAGCCUAAGCCUAAGCCUAAGCCUAAGCCUAAGCCUAAGCCUAAGCCUAAGCCUAAGCCUAAGCCUAAGCCUAAGCCUAAGCCUAAGCCUAAGCCUAAGCCUAAGCCUAAGCCUAAGCCUAAGCCUAAGCCUAAGCCUAAGCCUAAGCCUAAGCCUAAGCCUAAGCCUAAGCCUAAGCCUAAGCCUAAGCCUAAGCCUAAGCCUAAGCCUAAGCCUAAGCCUAAGCCUAAGCCUAAGCCUAAGCCUAAGCCUAAGCCUAAGCCUAAGCCUAAGCCUAAGCCUAAGCCUAAGCCUAAGCCUAAGCCUAAGCCUAAGCCUAAGCCUAAGCCUAAGCCUAAGCCUAAGCCUAAGCCUAAGCCUAAGCCUAAGCCUAAGCCUAAGCCUAAGCCUAAGCCUAAGCCUAAGCCUAAGCCUAAGCCUAAGCCUAAGCCUAAGCCUAAGCCUAAGCCUAAGCCUAAGCCUAAGCCUAAGCCUAAGCCUAAGCCUAAGCCUAAGCCUAAGCCUAAGCCUAAGCCUAAGCCUAAGCCUAAGCCUAAGCCUAAGCCUAAGCCUAAGCCUAAGCCUAAGCCUAAGCCUAAGCCUAAGCCUAAGCCUAAGCCUAAGCCUAAGCCUAAGCCUAAGCCUAAGCCUAAGCCUAAGCCUAAGCCUAAGCCUAAGCCUAAGCCUAAGCCUAAGCCUAAGCCUAAGCCUAAGCCUAAGCCUAAGCCUAAGCCUAAGCCUAAGCCUAAGCCUAAGCCUAAGCCUAAGCCUAAGCCUAAGCCUAAGCCUAAGCCUAAGCCUAAGCCUAAGCCUAAGCCUAAAGCCUAA